AUGGAGGAUCCGUCGUCCCUCCCCGAGACGCAUCGCGGCACCAGCUGCUUCGACCAAUCGGUCGUCGCCAACGCCUUUGCGCUGCCGCAGUUCACUGAGUACUUUGAUAACCCGGACGCCAACGAGCAGGGCAACAUUGUCAUCCUCUUCAUCGUCGGCGGCAUGGUCGGGGCCUUCCUGGCGGGCUGCUUCUCCGACCGCCUCGGUCGGCUGACCGUCAUCGGCACCGGCGUGGCCAUCUUCACCGUCGGCGCGACGCUCCUCACCGCGGCCGUCAACAUCCCCAUGCUGUACGUCGGGCGCCUCGUCUCGGGAAUCGGGUGCGGCGCCGUCGCCAACAACACGCCGCUCUACCUGAGCGAGAUCUCGCCCGCGCACCGCCGCGGCCGCUACACCAGCCUGUCCAACGUCAUGGAGGACCUGGGCUUUGCGCUCAUCGCGUGGGUGUCGUUUGCGUUUAGCUACGUCGCGGGGCAGACGUCGUGGCGGCUCAUUUUUGCGUGCCAGUACGUCGGCUCCGUGAUUCUCAUGUACGGCGUGUAUGUGCUGCCGAGCUCGCCAAGGUGGCUGGCGCUCAAGGACCGGGGCGAGGACAGCCUCAAGGUUCUCGCGAACCUGCAUGCUGAUGGCGACGAGUCGGAUCCGCUGGUGCGCUUCGAGGCCGCUCAGAUCCACGACACGGUGCAAGAGGAAUAUGCCCUGGCCAGCAAGAGCAGCUGGCUGGAGCUGCUCCGCCCGGGCCCAAACCUCAGGAGGUUUGCUCUGGCUUUGGUCCUGCCUGGAAUUCAACAGUUUACGGGGAUCAACGCAAUCACGUAUUAUGCCCCUGCCAUCUUUGAGAGCGCCGGCAUCAAAGACUUUCACUCCCAAAUUCUCCUCAACGCUGGCAACACCACCCUAGGAACGAUUGUCUCCCUGACCGCCCUGUACACCCUCGACAGGUUCGGCCGCCGGCGCGUCCUCCUCGCCGGCAUCUCGGCCAUGACGUGCCUCUGGCUCAUGAUCGGCCUGCUCCUCAAGUUCUACCCUGCGACGGCAACCACGGCCGCCGUGCCGCACGGCUUCAUCGUGCUCUUCAUCUGGCUCUUCUACAGCGUCUACGUUGCGAGCUGGGGCCCCUGCGGGUGGUGGGUGCCGAUGGAGGUACUGCCAACCAACCUGCGCGCCAAGGGGGCCGCCGUGUCGGUGGCGCUGACGUUUCUGUACAACCUGUGCGUGUCCAAGACGACGCCGCUGCUGUUUGUCGCGAUAGAGUACCGCACCUACUUUUACUACGCCGGCCUCUGCGCGUUUAGCACGCUCAUCACGCUGUUCUUCCUGCCCGAGACGCAGGGGCUGACGCUCGAGGAGCUGGACGAGCUGUUCGUGACAGCUCCGUACAUUGUUUGGUUCGGCAAGUACAGGGUUAACACGGCGGCCAUUAUUGAGAAGCGGGUCGAGUACAGGAAGGGGGAGAAGGCGGAGGGCGCGAGCCACUUCGAGACUGUUGAGGCUGUCGGAUGA